AUGACGGGAAAGCACGAAGCAGUGGCAGACUCCUGCCGCAUGUGCGAUAUGAGCCCAGAACGGGCUGACGCUGGCUUAACUUUGUGUACAAAAGAGGGAAAGGCCGUGCGUCAGGCCAAGACCUGGUUGUGGGAGGCCUUGGUGGGCUUCUCAGGGCGGGAGGAGCUCAGAGAGCACCAGGCCCGUGGGGAAGGUGUUCAGCCGGUGUCAGGCACGGAUUGCCUCGCUCGGCACCGCUCUGAUUUCUGCACUGUGUUCUAUAGGUCUGUGGUUCUGCGUGCUUACAAUGAUGCAGAUGAAGCCAUCCAGAUCCAGAACCUGCUGCAGAAUAGAUUUUAUCUUAAAUCUGGAAUAAUCUUUACAGCAAUGCCUUGAACUGAACAUGUAUUGGAAAACUUAAGUGACGCUGUGAAUGGUUCAGCAUAGACUAUAAUGCUGUUGACGAAUUUUUGGAAUGUAUCUUGGUAUGCGUUUCAGUCUUUCACCUCCCUUGUCAGUGCUCUUAACAGCACAAAUUACAACUCUGUGUUACCUGUGAGGGCACUGAAUAACCCACUUUCCCAGGAUAAAACUUUUGGUUUUGUUUUGAAGGCUGCUAAUGCCCUGUAAGAAGAUAGUCCUGGCUUUGAAAAACAAGUGGUGGAAAUUUUCCACCAGUCUACAUACAGGCAACAGUGA